UCGCCAUGGCGACGGCGGGGGGCUGCUGUCAUGGCGGACAAGGAGGGGCGCGGCGAGGAGAGAUUGGUUCAAUUGUCAGGUCACUGGGUUGCUUCCCAACCGAGGCAGAACUACAUGAACUGCUUACAAAGGUAGAAGAAGAAGAACCGACCGGAUACAUUCAUCUGGAAAAAUUUCUUCCAGUGAUGACAAAAGUACUACUCGACAGAAGCUGCCGGCCAAUUCCAGAAGAUGUUCUUCUACAUGCAUUUGAGGCUUUGGAUGAGAAUAAAUGUGGAUAUAUUACUAAAGAGGAGCUGGUCAAAUAUUUGACUGAAGAAGGUAACAUGACUUUUGUAAUAUCAGUAUUUAAGUAAAUAAACAUUUCAUGUGUAUAUGGCA